AUUCUGCAUAGGCCAUUUUCAAAAAUUAGUUCAUAUCUCUUGUAAGAAAAAAAACUUCGAGUGUCCCGGGAAUUUAAUUUACACCACGUAAAACAAUUGUUCCAUAAUCGUUGUUUUCAUCACUGAUAAAUUACGGUUCAGAAAUGGUGCGGAACUAUCGAAAACCCGAUAAUUCUCGAAAAUAUACCGUGGUUUCCGGGGAAGCAUUGAAGAAAUGUCUCGAAAAAGUUGAAGCCGGAGAGAUGACCCACACAGAUGCCGCAAAAGAGCUGAAUUGCAGCCGGCAAACCGUAUACAACAAACUGCAUGGGCUGCACAAACGUGAUCCUGGUCAUCAAAAAGUCUUCACGGAACCGGAAGAAGCAUCAUUUGUGGACCACCUUUCCAUCCUGUCCGAGUGGGGCUUCCCUGUAGGACCUGAUGAUCUCCGGGAAGUUGUUCGUAUUUAUUUGGCGAAGCAAAAUCGGAGUGUUCCGGUUUUUAAAAACAAUAAACCAUCACGGAACUGGGUGGAACGGUUCCUUCGUGAUCACCAAGAAUUGAGCAAACGUUUUGCACAGAACAUAAAGUUAAGCCGAGCAGCGAUAACACGUGAAACUAUUGAUGAAUACAUGGCCAAUCUAAAGGUAUCUCUCGACGGAAUUCCUGCUUCCAAUAUUUUUAACUACGAUGAGACAAAUCUGUCUGAUGACCCCGGAAAGAAGCUAGCUAUUUGCAAGCGCGGAUUAAAAUACUUUGAAAACGUGAGGAACUUCAGUAAAUCCGCAACUUCCGUAAUGUACUGUGGAAGUGCCACCGGACAGUUGUUGCCACCAUACGUGGUGUUUAAGGCAGAACACUUAUGGGACUCUUAGACACUUAAUAGCCCUCAAGGAACGCGCUACAAUCGAACUAGUUCCGGCUGGUUCGAUGAACCGACUUUUGAGUAUUGGUUCAAAUCUCUUUUUCUGAUGGCCACAAUGCAUUUGAAAGGACCGAUUGCGCUAAUUGGAGACAAUCUUUCGUCUCAUUUGAGUCCAUCGGUUAUCAGAAUCUGCCAACAAAGAGGCAUAAAGUUCAUCUGCCUACCACCCAAUGCAACGCAUCUGACACAGCCACUGGACGUUGCAUUCUUCGGACCAAUGAAGCGGGAAUGGCGAAAGAUUCUAGGACGAUGGCGUGCUUCUCGUGAAGGUUCUAAGAAUGCAACGAUUCCAAAAAGCAGACUCGGAAGCCUCAUCAAUGAACUUUCAAAAGCAAUGGCACCUCAAACUCGCCGUAUUCUGGUUUCGAGCUUCAGGAAGUGUGGAAUAGUACCAUUGAAUACCCAUGAACUCCUAAGCCAGCUGCCAUCUGUGGAUGUAAAAAUCGAUUUGGUAGGAGAAUCGUUCAAAGAAUUCCUUAAGGAGCAUCGUAAUGACGUCGUCGGUUGUCCGGCUGGGCCCCAACCGAAGAAAAAGUUGAAAGUGUCACCUGGCAAAAGUGUUUCUCCAGACGAAAUUGCUAAAAAGGACCCGAAACCCAAAGCUGCCGCUCCAGCCAAACGGGGACGAAAGCCAAAAAUUGC